AUGGAGACGCAGUCCGAGGAGCAAGCCGUCACCAAGCCUGCGGACUCCGGAGGGGAAGGCGGGCCGCCGCAGGUCGCCGGCGCCCAGGCGGUGCGUCCGGAGGACCGCAUGACCCUGCUGCUCAGGCUAAGAGCACAGACCAAACAACAACUCUUGGAAUAUAAGUCAAUGGUUGAUGCACAUGAAGAAAAGACUCCAGAACAAAUCAUGCAGGAAAAGCAAAUUGAAGUUAAAAUUGAAGAACUAGAAAAUGAAGUUGAAGAGGCAAAAACUGCUUUUGAAAUGAAAAAGCUUGCGUUAGACAGGAUGCAACUUUCAACUGCACUUAAAAAACACCUGGAGAAGGUUGAUAUCAAGACUAGUGUGCUCAUGAAUAACAUGAAACAAAUAUUAAAUCUGAAUAAACUAAUAAUGAAAUCACAGCAGGAAACUUGGGAUUUGGAGGAAAAAUUGCUUGAUGUUAGAAAGAAGAGAUUGCAAUUAAAACAAGCUUCAGAAAGAAAGCUUUCAGAAAUACAGACUGAAAAGAACAAACAGAAAGAUGAUUUGGAUAGUAUGGAAAAUUCAGACAAAAUAAAGACCAUACAACAAAAACUGGAGACAGAGAUACAGAUUACUACAGUUAUUCAACAUGUGUUCCAGGAAACACUGCAAAUAUCCUUCCUUAAGAGAACCUCAUUUUGGGGAGUAAAGUCAACUGGGCAGAGGACCCUGCCCUCAAGGAAACUGUUCUGCAGCUUGAGAGGAAUCUCACAAUGA